CUUAAUUCCUGGAGGCAUGGCCUGGCAUUCGAUUGGCUUGUAAGGGAGACGCCCAGCCCAGUUAGGUAGGCAAUCGGCAAAAGCACGCGGGAGAGGCUGGUUUCUUGAAACUUUGGCUUAUUGGAUCAGAGGCGGCCUUGUGAUGGCUCUGCCUCGGUUGAUGUUUCUUUUGGCGACGGUGGCGGCAGCAGCAGCAGCUGCUGCUAAUUCUCGUUCCCUGUGGGAAUCGCUUGCUGGUUUACAACCGGGGACUGAGGAUGCGCGGCAGGCAGCGGCGGUGCGGGAGCUGUUGGAGCGGCUGCUGGGCCCUCGGGCUGCUUCCGACUUCUCAGUGUCGGUCAACCGGUCUUUGGCCGGGCCCGGCGGGCUCGACACAUACCGACUGAGCUCGGGGGCGGCGCUGGGCGUUGUAAAUGUAGCUGGAUCCAGCGGGGUGGCCGCCGCCUCGGGAGCCUACAGCUACCUAAAGGACUACUGCGGUUGUCACGUCUCCUGGUCCGGGACGCAGCUCCGACUGCCGGAUAGUCUGCCGCCGGUACCCACCGAGAUCAUCGUCACCAGCCCCAACAGAUUCCGCUUCUAUCAAAAUGUCUGCACCCAGAGCUACUCAUACGUGUGGUGGAACUGGGAGCGUUGGGAACAGGAGAUUGACUGGAUGGCCCUUCACGGCAUCAACAUUGCACUGGCAUUUACCGGGCAGGAGGCCAUCUGGCAGCGGGUAUAUUUGUCCCUGGGCCUGAACCAGUCAGAAAUUGACGAGUAUUUCACUGGGCCAGCAUUUCUGGCUUGGAACCGGAUGGGGAACCUGCAUACUUGGGCAGGGCCACUCCCUCUCUCAUGGCACUUGAAGCAACUCUACUUACAGUAUAGGAUCCUGGAGAGAAUGCGGUCGCUGGGAAUGUUGACAGUGCUGCCUGCCUUUUCUGGACACAUCCCCCGUGGCAUUUUAAGGGUUUUCCCCUGGGUCAAUGCCACGCAGCUAGGGAGCUGGAGUCACUUUGACUGUACCUACUCCUGUGCCCACCUCCUGUCGCCUGAAGAUCCCAUGUUCCAGGUCAUCGGGACCCUCUUCCUAAAAGAACUGAUCAAGGAGUUUGGUACAGAUCACAUGUACAGCGCCGACACCUUCAAUGAGAUGCGCCCACUCUCAUCAGAUCCUGCCUACCUGUCCAAGGUCACCGCAGCUGUCUUCCGCUCCAUGACGGGAGCUGACCCCAGUGCCAUAUGGUUGAUGCAAGGGUGGCUUUUCCAACACCAGCCUGACUUUUGGCAGCCAGCCCAAGUCCGUGCCCUCCUGCAGGGCGUGCCCCUUGGCAGGAUGGUGGUACUAGAUCUCUUUGCCGAAUCCAAGCCUGUCUAUAAUUGGACAGAGUCUUUUUAUGGGCAGCCCUUCAUCUGGUGCAUGCUUCACAACUUUGGUGGGAACCAUGGGCUUUUUGGCACAGUGGAGAGUAUCAACUGGGGCCCUUUUGUAGCCCGAGACUUUAUCAAUUCCACCAUGGUGGGCAUUGGUCUGACCCCCGAAGGUACUGAGCAGAACGACAUGAUGUACGAGCUUAUGACAGAUCUAGGUUGGUGCAGGGAGCCAGUGAAUCUUCAGCAGUGGGUGGCCAAGUAUGCCACACAACGCUACGGGGCCAGGAAUGCUGAGGCGACAGCGGCCUGGCAGUUGCUGCUCCAGAGCGUCUACAAUUGCUCAGGGCUUUGCAUCAACCACAACCGCAGUCCACUCGUGCACCGUCCUUCCUUCCGGAUGACCACGGACCUUUGGUACAACCAGAGUGAUGUCUACGAAGCCUGGCGGCUGUUGCUAAGCUCAGCCAGUGCACUUGGGGCCAGCCGCACCUUCUGCUAUGACCUGGUGGAUGUGACGCGUCAAGCUAUGCAACAGCUAGUGAGCCAGUAUUACUUGGAGAUCAAGCAGGCUUUCCAGAACCGCAUGUUGUCCCGCCUCCUAACGGCUGGUGGCAUUCUGGUGUACGACCUGCUCCCGGAACUAGACAGUCUCCUGUCCAGCAGUGGACACUUUUUGCUGGGGUGCUGGCUGGAAGCUGCCCACUUGAUGGCCACUAGUGACCGUGAGGCAGAGCAGUAUGAUCUUAAUGUGCGGAACCAGCUCACGCUCUGGGGGCCUAAUGGCAACAUCUUGGACUAUGCCAAUAAGCAAUUUGGAGGGCUGGUGCUGGACUACUAUGGGGUGCGCUGGAGCCUCUUUGUUUCCACCUUGGUGGAGUGCCUCAAUGCUGGGAUACCCUUCCACCAGAACCACUUCAACCAAGCUGUUUUCCAAGUAGAGAGGGGAUUUAUCUACAAUGGGAAACACUACCCAUCCAGGGCUGUUGGCAACACACUGGAGAUAGCCAGAAAGAUAUUUCUCAAGUAUUAUCCUGCUGCCAUGCAUGUUCCUGAGGAUGUUCACGAGGCCUUAUGAUACAGCUCCCUGCCCAAAGACCAUCCACAUCCCAACCCUCUUCCCUCCAUGCAGCCAGUGGCUUGUAGACCACAUACAGCCUCCCCAAAGAGAUUUUUGUAGGAACUCCCUCCAAAAAUUAUAUAUAUAUAUAUAUAUAUAUAUAUAUAUAUAUAUAUAUAUAUAUAUAUAUAUAUAUAUAUAAUUAAAUUAAAAUUAAAUUUAAAAAACAAAUGCUAUGAUGCCAAAAGUUUUUUGUGGGCCUGCCAAGGCUUCCAAUUUUUUUUAAAUAUUUUUUUAAAAAUAAAAAUAAUGGACUGCUCCAAUAGGUACUUCAAAGCGAUAGUCUGAUAACAAAAGAUUUUUCUGACACCUCCAAAGUCCCACCAAUUGUCGUUUUUAAAAUACAGUAUACAUAUACAUAAAUAUAUUUACUGACCACUCCUGUGGAUCCCCUGCUGUGAUUCUGUGAUGCCAAAAAGGUUCUUGUGACCCCAGCAAGACCCCCCCAAAUACAUCCUUUAAAUAUAUAUUUAAAAAAUUGGUCAUGCUCACAUUGAUAUGUGGCCCCUGGUGGGUUGCCAAUGGGUCAGUAUGGCCCUUGCCCUGAAAAAGGUCAGCCACCUUUGUCAUACGCUAUCCUAAUGCCACUGAAGCUUGCGUGGGUUGUCCUGCCCACCCCCAAGCAGACUUUGAUGCACUAGAAAGGAAAUUGCUCCAGAUGUCUUCCACAAGCAAACCACAUUUGAAGCAUUUAAGAGACGAGAUGCGAUGGCAGGGAACCUGUGGCCCUCCAAAGCUUGUUGGAUUACAGCUUCCAGCAUUCCUGAUCAUUGGCCAUGAUUGCUGGGGCUGAUGGGAGUUGGAGUCCAACCACAUCUAGAGGGCCACAGGUUCCUUGCCACUGGGCAAGAGGAUCGUUGAAGGGACUUGAGACCAAAAAGCUAGAUGUGGUUUCUCACUGUCCCUAUAGGGAUAAAUGCUCAAGAGUUAAGGCACUUUGAUGGCUGUAGUUUAGUUUAGUUUACUGAAUUUUUUUUAGAUGCCUUUUUCUAAAAAAAAAAAAAAAAAAGACCAGACAAGACAUGAGGCACUUUCACAACAGAUUUAUUGCUUAGUUGUUGUUUUAUAUGCCUUCAAGUCGAUUACGGUGACCCUAUGAAUCUUUUGCAUAUAUUCAUAGGGUUUUCAUGGUAUUCAGAGGUGGUUUACCAUUGCCUUCCUCUAAGCCUAUGGCACCUGGUUUUCCCAGGCGGUCUCCCAUCUUAGUCAGGGCUGACCCUGCUUAGCUUCCAAGAUCAGAUGAGAUCAGGCGUGUUCAGGAUAGUAUGACCAUAGGAUUUAUUGCUUACUGGGAUCCAUUUGCUGGUCUAAGGGAUAAGCUUAACCUGAGGUAAGGAGGCAGUUAGGCACAAGCCUGUUAUGUGGGACUCCCUUUUCCUCCAGGAUGGCUUUCCAAGAUGAGCAAGAACCGACUGGGUGGGGAGGGAAGAGGCUGAUUUACCUUGGGAAAUAGAAUGGGCCUCACCAGAAUAACCUGGAGUAACACUGUCAUUCUGGAAUCAUGGGGGCAGUCUUGGUGUAGGAUACUGCCUAGUACCAAAGGCGUUGACUUGCUUCUUCCUCAGGAACUUGGGGGCUGGAAAGGGAGGAGGGAGGUGGCAAUGAAAGAUGGAAACUGGUUCCCCUCCAGUGGGCUUUGUGGGUAGAAGGCCAAAAUCAGGCCAGCUGACGCAGGCUUUCUUCUGGGUUCGUCUUUUCUACUAACAAUGAAACUAAUGCCAACCAUAAAUAUUUCUUUUCUUGCUUUACAUUGAUAUCCUUCUUCCACUGUGGAAGCAAAAGUGGCCAUAUAUGUGGCUUCCAGGUAAUCACUCACCCAGGCACCAACCAGAUCCAGACCUGCUUAGUUUCAGCAAGGCUAUAGCUUCAUGUGCCUUCAGGCCAUUCCCUUUUGCCUAAAGAGAGUUCUCUUAUUCUGCCUAUCUUAACUUGGCUUAGUGCCUUAUCUGUCCCUGGGUGACUAAGAGGUAUGUUUACAUAUGUAUGUAUAUAUUUUAUUCACAAAGAUGCUUGAUCUAUGUAAAUAUUUCUGGUUUAAUAUCGGUAUAAAAUGUGCCCUCUUGUGGUGAAAGAGAGGCAAUAAUGAGGAUUCGGUGUACUUUUACACUUUAUUAAAAAGGCAACCUGAGUUCUGUAACCUGUAGAAAUUAUGUAACUAUGCAAACUAACAAGUUACACAGACUUGCUGUUUUUUGGGGGGGGGUUGCUUCUUUUUUUGCACUGUGGAAAAUGAAAAAUGGUAGGUGACUUGGAGCCAGCCUCCACUAGGAAAAAAACAAACUGGGGUGUGAGUGAGCAGGAGAGGAACCUUGAGGUUGUACUGCAGCCUUCAAGCCUUUCUGUAUGGAUUUCAGAACUCUUCCUAGGACACAACCUGUCUCCAGGUCACACCCCUCAUCAGCCCUGCCCCAAACCCCUCAGGUGUUUAGCUGUAACAAUGUGUUACGACACGUGUUCUUGGGAACCUGGGUGUGUGAACAUGUGUCCCAUGAAGCACACCUCCUUGAGAGGAGGGGGAUCUUUUGCUAGGGAUAAAACAAGUGCUUUGCCCUGAAAUGUGCCUAAAUGGUGCGUGUAUAACCCAAGAAAUGCAGGUCCAAACCAGACUAAAGCAAAGCUUUCUUUUAUUGAAAGAAAAAAGAGAAGAAUAGCAUUACAAAAUUACUGGGUGCGUGGCAGCAUUAAUCAUUAAUAUCCUAACCCAUUCAUAACUUUAAACUAAAGAGAUUAAAGGACCGUAUUACUAUAAGGAGUGACAGGUAGGAGAAAUUUACCUACCCUAGGCCCAGGAGUGGGCAGUGGAAUACAGCUGAACUGAUGUAGAAGAGCUCUGGCCCAAAACCAGGAAUGAAUCCGUUUGCCUCAGGCAUGUGCCGAGACACAAAAUCCCGUCCUGGUUCUGUCCCAGCAGUCCUGCAUUGCGUUAUUUGAGAGCAUAGUUACACGUGUUGGAGCUCAGAUCACCAUUAUCCCCCUCCCUGGGUCUCAAGCCUCUCUUUAAAAAGACACUUUUUCUCUCUCACCCUAUGUUGCAAAGGAGCGGUCUGGGUAUGAGGUGAUUUUGUGUGUGAGUAUGCAUGCAUGUUUCUAGCUGACACUGAGAAACUCAGGCUACUUUCUAAUGAUUUGAACAAUGGGAUAAUUCUGCUAGGCGUGAGGGAAGUCUGCCAAGGAGAAGAUAACAUUUAUUCCAGUUGCUCUUGGUUAUUUUUGUGCCCACAGGAUGGCUUUGAUCUGUCCCUUUUCACAGUUCCUCGGGAUUGCACAACGAGUCAUACAAGGGAUGUGGGGUGGGAAUUCUGCUCAGGGGCCUUGUAUCUCCUGGGUUCCACUUGAACCAAAAUGAGGUUAGCCAAGCAGUCUUAACACUCCUCCUGUUGAAAAAAUCUGAAUAUACUUAUGCAGAUGUCUUUUCACCCCUUAUGUCCUUCUGUUCUGUCCUGAACUUUUAUGCUUUCUUCCAUCUGGCAUAACUGUGCCAUUUGGGACAGGAUCCAUCUUACAAGGGCCAUUAAGAUGACCAAAAAAUCUUGAAACAUUAGAAUCACCACAAUAAGGUGUAUUAAAAAGUUUAAACUUCCUUUUGCUCAUCCACUCCAGCCUAGCAGUGCGUCCCACCAUUUGUGUGUCCCUAUCUGUUUAAUUUUGGCUGCUAUGUUGGUGAUGUCAUAGUGUUCAUGUGUUAUCUGGAGUGUGGCUUGCUUUCCCAAUUGUUUCACUGCUUCUAAUUGUUUCUGCAAAAUAGGGUGGAAAAGUAACUGUUGGAGAUCAGUGAGGCCAUAACCUAAUGCAAUGGGUCGGAGGAUUUGAACAAAUUUGGAUUAACUAAUAUUCCCUGAAUGGUCCAUACUGAGACCUUAAAUGAAAAAUCGCAUCCUACUAUCCUGUUGAUAGGUUCUGUCAUUUUACUUAUUUCUUUAGUGCUAUAAUGUAAUUUGUUGGCUAAUAUUUCAAUAUUGGUGCCAUCCAAAAAGGCAGCUCCAGUACCCAACCACCCUGAUAAAUCCUGCUUAUUUCUUCCCCCAUUCUCCCCCUCCCAUAAUCUAACCCAAUUGUUCCAUGCCCUAUUACUAAUCUCUAAAUAGGAGGCACAGACCAGGAAUUCCUUUGCAAUGUUUAAUUUCUCAAAUGAGACUACAGCUUCCUUGAGUGCUGUCCCUGGCAUUAUCAAUAAUUGCUGGGGGUGAUUCAAUUUUAUCACGUGAGAUUCUAUAAGGGUUUUUUCCAAAUGGCUUAAUUCAUUUACUUUUUCAAUACGGGGAUUAAGUGUUACGAUUUUUUUAAAUGAUAAACCUAUUUCCAGCCUAUAAAACCCUGGGGUGCUAUAUUUCUCAAUAACAGAAACAUAACCUAUUGACCUAAAAGGAAUGUGAUAUUGUCCAUAAUGGCAGUACUUUUCCUGGAUAGGAAUUAUCCAGUCUGGAGGACUGACAGUGUGUAUUUUUGUUACAUUCAUAAGUCCAUUGAACCACUUCCAGUCUGUUAUAGUUCUGGGAUAUUCUUGCCCAGUUGAUGAGAUCAGGACAAGAGCCAGUUUAUCGGUGGGUCUAAGUGACCAUAAAAAUCAAUAAAAUAUUGCAAACUUC